AUGAUUGAUAUAGGGUUUUGUGAUCUGGGAGCAAGCAUUAAUGUAAUGCCUCUAUCUCUCAUGAAGAAGCUAAAAAUUAAUGAGUUAAAACCCACAGAUGUGAUCCUUCAGUUGGCUGACAAGACCCAGAAACGAGCACUAGGAGUGGUUGAAAAUAUACUGGUGAAGGUUGGGAAGUACUUCCUACCUGCAGAUUUUGUUAUUCUUGAAAUGGAAGAAAGCUACCUUCAUCCAAUUAUUCUAGGGAGACCAUUCCUAGCCACUACCAGAACACUUAUAGAUGUGGAGCAAGGUGAGUUGAUAUUGAGAAUACAUGAUGAGCAACUCACCUUCCAUGUCUUUAAACCAACACAUGAUCUAGAUCAAGGGAAGGACUGCAUGAAGGUUGAAUUUGGUGAUGCAAACAUGAAAGAAGCACCCAAUGAAACAACCCCAAAGAAUCUGAAGUCAUGCCUGAAAGAGAAGAAAGCAGUAAAGAUGAUGUUACAGACUGAGGAAACUAAGGAGGAGUUAGGUCACAAUCCUCACUUAAGACAAGAAAGAAGAACCCUCCUGACACAAGUUUAG